GCCAGCGGUUGUUGACAGGCAGUGGAGGCGGCUGGCGGGGAGCUGCGGUGUUUUCUACCAUGCCUGAGUGGGCGAGCUGCCCUGGGCAAAGGCCUCUGGGCCGGGGUUGAAAGAAGCUGAUCAGAUGCAGAGUCUGGAGGGCUCGGGGACCGGGCGGUCAGUCGGGACGCAGACUGGCAGCAUGACGGGUCAAAUACCAAGGCUUUCUAAAGUCAACCUUUUCACUCUGCUCAGCCUCUGGAUGGAGCUCUUCCCAGGAGUAGAAGCCCAAGGGCAAAAGUCUCAGAAAAACGAAGAGGAAAACCGUGGCCCCUUAGGAGAUAAUGAAGAGUUGGCCAGAGUAUCUGCUGACAAAAAACAGGUGAAGAAAACUGGUCUUGUGGUGGUGAAAAACAUGAAAAUCAUUGGUCUUCACUGCUCUAGUGAAGACUUACACACUGGACAAAUUGCUCUUAUCAAACACGGGUCCAGGCUGAAAAACUGUGACCUCUACUUUUCAAGAAAACCGUGUUCUGCUUGUUUGAAAAUGAUUGUGAAUGCUGGAGUUAACCGAAUUUCUUACUGGCCUUCUGACCCAGAAAUAAGUUUGCUCACCGAGGCUUCUAGCUCUGAAGAUGCAAAGCUGGAUGCCAAAGCAGCAGAAAGGUUGAAGUCCAACAGCCGGGCCCAUGUGUGUGUCUUACUCCAGCCGCUGGUGUGUUACAUGGUGCAGUUUGUAGAGGAAACCUCUUACAAGUGUGACUUUAUCCAAAAGACUGCAAAAGCACUGCAGGGUGCUGACACUGAUUUCUAUUCUGAGUGUAAACAAGAAAGAUUAAAAGAAUUUGAAAUGUUAUUUUUGAUUUCGAAUGAAGACAUGCAUAAGCAGAUACUGAUGACUAUAGGUCUGGAGAACCUGUGUGAAAACCCCUAUUUUAGCAAUCUAAGGCAAAACAUGAAAGACCUGAUUCUACUUUUGGCCACAGUAGCUUCCAGUGUGCCCAACUUGAAACACUUCGGAUUCUACUGUAGCAACCCAGAACAGAUUACUGACAGUCACAACCAAAGCUUGCCGCAGGAAGUUGCAAGGCACUGCAUGGUGCAGGCCAGGCUAUUGGCAUACCGAACUGAGGAUCAUAAAACAGGAGUUGGAGCUGUCAUUUGGGCAGAAGGGAAAGCUAGAAGCUGUGAUGGAACUGGAGCUAUGUACUUCAUAGGAUGCGGCUACAAUGCCUUUCCUGUCGGCUCAGAGUAUGCUGAUUUCCCCCACAUGGAUGACAAGCACAAGGACAGAGAAAUACGGAAGUUCAGAUACAUCAUACAUGCCGAGCAGAAUGCUUUGACAUUUAGGUGUCAAGAUAUAAAGCCAGAAGAACGCAGCAUGAUUUUUGUGACAAAAUGCCCUUGUGAUGAAUGUGUGCCUUUAAUUAAAGGUGCAGGCAUAAAGCAGAUCUAUGCUGGGGAUGUUGAUGUGGGGAAAAAGAAAGCAGACAUCUCUUACAUGAAGUUUGGGGAGCUUGAGGGUGUUCGCAAAUUUACAUGGCAGUUGAAUCCAUCUGAAGCUUACAGUUUUGAUCCAAAUGAGCCGGAAAGGAGAGAAAACGGUGUAUUGAGGCGCAGGUCUACACAGGAAGAACAGUGCAGCAGCAAGAGGCCGCGUCUGGAAACCCGCUCUGCAGGCCGGGCUACACUGCAGUAACGUGUGCUUUCUAACCGCGCCUCUCCAAUUCAGCCUGUGGGCUUGGGAAUGACUGAGAAACCUGUACGGAGCUAAAUUCCAGUUAGCCUAUGAGCGAUCUUACCAAGGACGUGUUUCUCAGCACGCAGCAUAUGCUUUCUUUACAUUAAAUGCUGUAGCAAUAGUUUGAGGCCAGUAUAAGACCAACAGGACCUGUUACUGUUUAUCCGGACUCUGUGGAGCGAGUUUCAAAGGGGCUCGUUCACAGGAGGGGAUCUUCUUUGACAAAUAGUAAUUCCUUUGGUUGGAUUCAGGGAUAAUGAUCAAUAAACUGCUCCAGGAAAUAAAAUGGCAUGGUCAUCUUUUACAACUCCAUGCACAGCUAACCAAGCAGCUGCAUCAUGCUAAGUCCAACUAGCCAGAAGUUGCUGCGAUAGGAUCGGCUCUAGGUGGCUGUGCCCCUCCUUCAUUUGGAGUGUGUUUUGUAAGUGGUCUGGGGAUUAGACCAGUGGAGCAGUGCCGUGAGAGCAUGCGUGAGAGCAUGUGCAAGGUCCCAAGUUUCUUCCUAAGCACCACAAAGCUAAUAAAUCGUC